AUGAAUGCUAUUGGAAAAACAACAUACCUCCCAGGUGUAGCUUUGAGAGGGACUGAGAGGAAGGAAAUCGGAAGCGUUACGGGGGACGAGGACAGAGGACAAGGGGAAACAAGGACCAGCACGCACCAGGACCAGCACGCACCAGGACCAGCACGCACCAGGACCGGCACGCACGCGGAGCAGCACGCACGAGGAGCAGCACGCCCCAAGGAGAGACCUGCAGAGCCCACAUACAACGCCCCCAGCUACCCUGGUGUGGCGCACCAAGCCCCAGUGGAGCAGCAGACCCGGCCCAGCAGAGAGCGGCCCCAGCAGAGCGGAGCAGUGCGCCAGGCCCAGCCCGAGCCCCAGCAGAGCGGAGCAGCGCGUGCCAGGCCCAGCCCGAGCCCCAGCAGAGCGGAGCAGCGCGCGCCAGGCCCAGCCCGAGCCCCAGCAGAGCGGAGCAGCGCGCGCCAGGCCCAGCCCGAGCCCCAGCAGAGCGGAGCAGCGCGUGCCAGGCCCAGCCCGAGCCCCAGCAGAGCGGAGCAGUGCGCGCCAGGCCCAGCCCGAGCCCCAGCAGAGCGGAGCAACGCGCGCCAGGCCCAGCCCGACCCCCAGCAGAGCGGAGCAGCGGACCCGGCCCAGCGGAUCCAGCUCAGGGGAGCACUGUAUAUAACGCCAGACGAGCUGAGUACUUACAGGGACGUGAACAAGCUGCCCCAGAUUUUCAGAGCCACAUGCAGCACCUGGAGGACGUUUUCCAAAGGUUGA